AGCUUUUGAAGCUGAGUUCAAAAGAAAAGUUUAAGUGGAAAGACAAAGUCGAAAAUGGCGCAACUUUUUAGUAUAUGCCUACUAAUAGCAACAGUGGUCAAUGUUCACGGAUUUUCGAAAUACGGACGUGACUGCCGGGAUAUUUUAUGUGCUCCUGGUCAGAAGUGUAUUAUAUCCAGAGAUCCCUGUUCAGGAUCAAAUAAACUUGAAAAUACUCAAUGCGGGAAGUAUCCCACUUGUGUAAUGCACAACCAUUACUCCUCUACUUCAGGUGAAACCCUGGAGCGUGGAAAACGUCAGGCUAACCAGCAAGGAUAUGGAAUGGGUGGCAGUGGAAUGGGACGGCCCAAUGGAAUGAAUAACGGAGGAAACGGUGGUAAUGGAAUGGGUGGUCAAUAUGGAAACGGAAUGGGUGGACAGAACAGAAAUGGAAUGGGUGGUCAGUAUGGGAACGGAAUGGGUGGACAGAAUGGAAAUGGUAUGGGUGGCAAUGGAAUGAGAGGAAACGGAAUGGGUCCAGGUGGAAUGGGCGGUCGAGGAGGGAACGGCAAUGGAAUGGGACAAGGAGGAAUGGGUGGUAAUGGAAUGGGUUCCGGUGGUAUGGGCGGAAAUGGAAUGGGUGGAAACGGUAUGGGUGGAAACGGUAUGGGUGGAAACGGUAUGGGUGGUAAUGGAAUGGGUCCAGGUGGGAUGGGAGGAAACGGAAUGGGUGGUAAUGGACUGGGUCCAGGUGGGAUGGGAGGAAACGGAAUGGGUCCUGGAGGAAUGGGUGGUAAUGGAAUGGGAGGACAGGGCGGCUAUAACGGUCGAUGGGGACAAAACGGAAUGGGUGGACCAAAUGGAAUGGGAGGUCGCAAUGGAAUGGGUAGGCCAAAUGGAAUGGGUGGACCACCCGGUGGGCAAAAUGGAAUGGGUGGACCACCUGGUGGUCCAAACGGAAUGGGACCAGGCAACUGGCAAGGCAAUAACAAUUGGGGAAAUGGAAAUAAUGGGAAUGGUAGUAACCGAUAUGGGGGCAAUAGCUACAGCACUACACCUACAACAACAACGGAUGGCUGGUAACCAGAAACAUGCACCGAGGAGAAUGGGAUAUACAUAUAUUCCUAUGGUGUACUUUUAUUUAGUUUUAUUGUAUUCCUUUUCAAUGUAAUAAAUUGAGUUAUGCAAUUAGCGGAAUUUAAAUUUUUAAUUAUACAUGGUAAUUCAAAGAAAAUAUUGUCGCAGGCACACACAUUAUUUCUCAUUACACCAACACAUAAGCCAUUU